AAGGUAUUUCUGAGCUUCGCCAGCAAGGUCACACUGUCUGCUUAUUCGAGUGAUUUAGCAUUUUUUUCGGCCACAAAGAAAAUUGAAAAUUGAAACGGUACAAUUGGUGAACAUACUUUUGACUGGAAACAACGCAGCUGAAAAAUGAGUCUUACGUCCGCCGCGGGGAUAAUUUCCCUACUAGAUGAGCCGAUGCCGGAUCUCAAGGUGUUCGCCCUCAAGAAACUGGACAACAUCGUAGAUGAGUUCUGGCCGGAGAUCUCGGAGUCCAUCGAGAAGAUCGAGAUGUUGCACGAGGACCGCAGCUUCCCAGAAAACAAGCUGGCUGGUAUGGUGGCCUCCAAGGUGUUCUAUCACCUGGGUUCCUUCGAGGACGCCCUCACCUACGCCCUAGGCGCAGGCGAUCUCUUCGACGUAAAUGCCCGGAACGAGUACACAGAGACCAUUAUUGCCAAAUGCAUCGAUUUCUACAUUGCCCAGCGGGUGGAGUUCAUCGAGAAUCCUAAGGAAGCGAGCACUGUUGACGAGCGGCUAGAGGGGAUUGUGAACAGGAUGAUUCAGCGCUGUCUUGAUGACAACCAAUUCCGCCAGGCCUUGGGCAUUGCCCUGGAGACCCGUCGCAUGGACAUCUUCGAGGCGGCCAUUAUGAAGUCGGACGAUGUGCGUGGCAUGCUGGCGUACGCCUACAACGUGACCAUGUCGUUGAUUCAGAACCGCGGCUUCCGCAACCAGGUGCUACGCUGCCUGGUGGGUCUGUAUCGGGAUCUGGGAGUACCCGACUACGUCAAUAUGUGCCAGUGCCUCAUAUUCCUCGAGGAUCCGUUUGCCGUGGCCGAAAUGCUGGACACCCUUACACGAUCUUCGGUGGAGACAAACAAUCUGAUGGCCUACCAGAUUGCAUUUGAUUUGUACGAGUCGGCCACGCAGGAAUUCCUGGGAAAUGUACUGCAGGCCUUGAAAAACACCGCUCCCAUUCCGACCGCCCUGCCAAGCACAUUUAAGCCACAAGGCACAAGCUCCGAGGAUGGAGCCAAGUCGGAGGGGGACAAGUCCAAAUCAGACGAGGAUAUUACAGAAGAAAAGCAAGUUGAUGCUAAAGUUGAGCGUACAAUCGAUUCGCUAAAUGAAGUUGAAAAGUUGCAUCAGAAGAACAUUGAAAAGCUAAUAUCGAUCCUCUCCGGCGAGGUAUCCAUCGACCUGCAGCUUCAGUUCCUCAUCCGCAGCAACCACGCUGACUUGCAAGUUCUGCGAGGCACAAAAGAAGCGGUCCGCGUGUCCAUCUGCCACACAGCUACUGUUAUUGCCAACGCCUUCAUGCACAGCGGCACCACCUCCGACCAGUUCCUGCGCGACAACCUCGACUGGCUGGCCAGGGCAACGAAUUGGGCCAAGCUGACGGCGACAGCCUCGCUUGGAGUCAUUCACAGGGGCCACGAGAAGGACUCGCUGGCGCUAAUGCAGAGUUACCUGCCGAAGGAGGCGGGUCCGAGCUCUGGUUACUCGGAAGGUGGUGCCCUAUAUGCGUUGGGCUUGAUCCACGCAAAUCAUGGAGCCAACAUAAUAGACUACCUGUUGCAACAGCUAAAGGAUGCCCAGAACGAGAAUGUUCGUCACGGCGGCUGUCUUGGACUGGGUCUCGCUGGCAUGGGAACCCAUCGGCAGGAUCUGUACGAGCAGCUAAAGUUCAAUCUGUACCAAGAUGACGCCGUUACAGGAGAAGCAGCAGGAAUCGCAAUGGGCAUGGUAAUGCUGGGCUCCAAGAACGCUCAGGCCAUCGAGGACAUGGUGUCGUAUGCGCAGGAGACGCAGCACGAGAAGAUCCUUCGCGGCCUGGCAGUGGGCAUCUCCCUUACUAUGUUCUCGCGUUUGGAGGAGGCUGAUCCCUUGGUGACCAGCCUAUCCACCGAUAAGGAUCCCGUCCUCCGUCGAUCGGGAAUGUAUACCAUCGCUAUGGCUUACAAUGGAACUGGCAGCAACAAGGCAAUCCGUAAGCUACUCCACGUUGCCGUCUCCGACGUGAAUGAUGAUGUACGACGCGCUGCCGUCACCGCCAUCGGUUUCAUUCUGUUCCGCACUCCGGAGCAGUGUCCUUCGGUGGUGAGUUUGCUUGCCGAGUCUUACAACCCGCAUGUCCGAUACGGAGCCGCAAUGGCGCUGGGUAUCGCCUGUGCCGGCACAGGAUUGCGCGAGGCUAUCGCCCUUCUGGAGCCGAUGGUAAAGUUCGAUCCGGUGAACUUUGUGCGCCAGGGUGCGCUGAUCGCCUCUGCCAUGAUCUUGAUUCAGCACACGGACCAGAGCUGUCCCAAAUCGACCUUCUUCCGCCAGUUGUAUGCCGAGGUCAUUAGCAACAAGCACGAAGAUGUUAUGGCCAAGUAUGGCGCUAUUCUGGCACAGGGCAUUAUUGAUGCUGGUGGUCGAAAUGCCACUCUAUCCCUGCAAUCCCGCACAGGACACACCAACCUGCAGGCGGUGGUAGGAAUGCUCGCCUUUACCCAGUACUGGUAUUGGUUCCCUCUGGCGCACACCCUGUCGCUGGCCUUCACGCCCACCUGCGUAAUUGGCCUGAACUCCGACUUAAAGAUGCCCAAGAUGGAGUACAAGUCGGCGGCCAAGCCCUCCCUGUACGCCUAUCCCGCUCCACUGGAGGAGAAGAAGAGCGAGGAGCGCGAGAAGGUGGCCACCGCAGUCUUAUCUAUUGCCGCCCGCCAGAAGAGACGCGAAAAUGCGGACAAAAAAGAGGACGAGAAGAUGGAUGUGGACGAGGACAGCAAGGAGAGCACUGCUGUUAAGAAGGAGGAAGAAACUAAGACCGAAGAGAAGCCGGCGACGGAGGAGAAGACCAAGAAGAAGGAGGAAAAGGAAAAGAAAAAGGAGGAGGACAAGGAGGUGGCUGGCACCAGCAGCGACAAGGAUAAGGAGAAAGAAAAGAAGGAGAAGAAGGAGCCAGAGCCCACAUCCGAAAUUCUGCAGAAUCCCGCCCGUGUGCUCCGCCAGCAACUGAAAGUCCUUAGCGUUAUCGAUGGGCAAUCGUAUGAACCGUUGAAGGAUGUCACUAUCGGUGGAAUCAUUGUUUUCCAGCACACUGGCAAAGCUGAGGACCAGGAACUCGUAGAGCCAGUUGCUGCCUUUGGGCCCAUGAACGACGAGGAGAAGGAGCCGGAGCCACCAGAGCCCUUCGAAUACAUCGAGGACUAAAUGGGCAUGCUGUUUGUCAUUAUCUAAGUAAACCUGUUUGAUUUCAACCUUGCAUACUUUUUACGAGAGGUACUAAUCAACAAAAAAAAACACGAAAUGCUUAUCCCUAAUUAUAACACAAUAAAAUGUUCAUCGUACAAGAUGUAAA